CGGGGCCCCCUCCCGGGUGGGCGCGCCCGCGGCCUGGCUUUGUUCGCGGGGGCGGGGGUCGGUAUUUGUUUGGCCCCAGAGGUUUCGGGGCAGCUGCUUCCCGGGGAGGAGCUCAUACCCGGUACUGGUCAGCGCUGGGAACUGUUGGGGAUAAUUCAGGGUCUUGCGUUUCAGAGAUGGCAGGAUGUUGUUUUGUGUUUUCUGUGUGCAGGCUGUUGAAAAUGUGCUAAAAAAUACUUCUCACCUGCUCUGUGUAACUCUGGUUUUCAGGAGCUGGCAGGGCCUGGCCCGUUUGAACAUGGGCAAAGCUGGCCAGAAGCGUCUAAUUGGGGAGCUUGGUUUCAAUGGAAGGCAAUUUUAAGGCUGAAUACAUCUGUGAUGCACAUCUAUUUGAUGAAGAAGGUGUUGCCUUUUUGUAGUCACUUUGCAAAAUUAGUUGGAUUGAAAAAUAAGAAAAAAUAUGACAGGAAAAGCAAGUGCAGAUGACUUUCAAGUUCAGGAUUUUCUCAAGAAGAAGAAGAAGAGGAGAAAACACAAACAAUACAAUGAGAAACAUGAAAAUGAUGAAAGAGAAGGUACACAAAAUGCAGAGCUUAGCCGUGCUUCUCCAGUGCUGUUUGAAGAUCAAGCAGCACAGCGUGGUGAAGGUCGUAAAGAGAAGAAAAAAUCAAAAAACAAGGGGAAGAAGCAAGUGUCUUCAAUAGAUGAUUUUUUUGUGCGUCUAGAACAUGAAGUUAGUAAUGAAACUGGAGUGGAGGCUUCCCAAAAGGAAAAGAAAAAAACAAAGCGAAAGUAUAAUGAUAGUACAGAUAAGCAAAGUGAUGUAACUUGUGUUACAAUAAAUCAGCACAGCACUGAUUGUCAGGAGCUCAGUGCUGAUUACGUUUAUUUAGAACAAUCUGUUAACAAGAAAAGAAAAAAAAAAUUGCCCAAAGAAGAUGAGGUACAUGAGCUGCCUACCUCAGAAACACACGUUGAAAACCAUAAAAAACCAAAAAAGAAGAAGAAGAAGAAGAAGAAGAAGAGAGACAGUAGUAUCCAACAUAUGCAAGAAGACACUGAUGUAACCAUUGAGCAGUCAUUGUCAUCUCUAGAGCAAAACGGGCAAAAGGAAGAUGCAGGCUUGCCGUUACCUACAGAAGAGGAUGGUGAGGCAACAGCCCAGCGGCGGCAUGGAGGUGAUUCUCCUGCCAUGAGUGAAGAUUCUAUGGAUGUACCUGCUAAUUUUUCUACACCGACUAAAGCAGCUAAUCAAUCUCGAAAAACUCCAGUGCAUGCUAGAAAGGCAAAGAAAAGCCGAGCUUUUAUCAUGGAAGAAAACUCUUCAGAAUCAGAUGUAACGACACAAGAACCCUUGACAUCAAAUAGAAAGAAGGGCCAGAAUUGUUCCUUCACUGAAAUGGCAGCUUCUGAUGAGCUUAGUCUGGAUGAUGAAGAGUGCCAGGACUAUACCAUGUGUUCAGCUAUGGAUUUGGAUACUGCAAAACAGGAAUUGGAAGAGUUUAUUCCUCAUGUGAGGAAUAUAUCAGAUGAUUCAAUCAGGAAGAUGGCUGGAAGAGACCUAGCGAGGUUUAAACAGUUUAAAAAACAAGGUCUCGCUGUCAAGUUUGGUAGAUUUUCCCAGAAGGAAAAUAAUCAAAUCCGGAAAAACAUCGAAGAGUUCUUAUCGAUUACUGGAAUAGACAGUGCUGAAAAAGUCCUGUUUACCUCAAGAUUCCCGGAAGAUAAAGGAACUAUCAAUCGCCUAAAAGCAGAACAUCUUUUUUGUGAAAAACUUUCUGAGGGUAUACCACGACCCUGGAGGCUGAUAUAUUACCGAGCAAGGAAGAUGUUUGACCCAAAUAAUUAUAAAGGGAGGUAUACUACGGAAGAAAAAGAAAAAUUAAAGCGGUAUCAUGCUAUGCAUGGCAAUGAUUGGAUGAAGAUUUCUGAGAUGAUGGCCCGUUCUAACCUCUCAGUAGCCAUGAAAUACUCUGAAAUCAAGUCGGCUAGCAAUUAUGGACCUUGGUCAAAGGAAGAGACCCAGAGGUUGAUGCACGCGAUGGAGGAGGUGAUUAGGAAAAGAACAGAAAUGGAAGAUGCAAAUUCUCUUUCAUCAUUGGAAAAGUCAAACAGAGAUCUCUUGAUUGACCGUGAGAAACUGUACCAGAACUUACCAUGGACUGAGAUUGAAGCUAAAGUGGGAACUCGAUUUUGGAGACAAUGUAAACAGAAAUGGAUUACAAUUUUAACAAACAAGAUGACCAAAGGGCAGCAGUUAUAUAGGGGGACCAAAGGAUUACAGGCCAAGAUCAAUCUUAUUAAAAGAUUGUAUGAAAUGAAAGUGGAAGAUGCUAAUGAAAUAAACUGGGAAGAACUGAGUAAUGCUAUUGGAGAUGUCCCUAGAGCAUAUGUUCAAGCAAAAUUUUAUAAGCUAAAAGUCUCCUGUGUCCCUUUUUGGCAAAAAAAGACUUUUCCUGAAAUUAUUGAUUAUCUUUUUGAAGAGAAACUUCCAGAACUUGAAGAAAAGUUAGAAAAAAUGAAGGGGAAGCACCUUAUUUCUGAUGACUCAACAGCCACGCAACAGAAGAAGGCUUUCCAACUCAGUGACAUUUUUGACUCCAGUGAAGAGAGUGAUUAACUGACUGCCCUAAAAGCAAUUCCUAGUCUGCAUAUUGAACUCCAAAAUGGAUCUGGUUGAAAGUAGGUGCAGAUCGACAACUGCAGGUACACAGGCUAUCUAAUAAUGGAAAAAGUAAAGAUACGCAUAGCUGAUUUUCUUGUUUCAUAUUGAAGAAUGAGGUAAAUACCGUUUCUGUGCCACCUUUUAUUACCUUAAUUUAACAUUGGUUUUAGAAGUCUUCAUUUAAGUGUCCAAGUUCCUUUCUGAAUGUCUCAAACCCAGUAUUUUUUCCAUGGCUUUGUCUUCUGUGGACUUGAAAGCUGUUUUUUACCCUUUGUGUGUGAACUUGGUUUUCAGAACUUUAAUGAACUUCAAACAUUUUAAAAAAAAUAAAUUAAUGGAAUUGGGAAAAGGCUUUCAAUUUGCUUUUAAAUCUCUGUCAUAAGACAUCUGUGUUGAUGGAAACAGCACAAAUUUGAGUCUUUAGGGUUUUUUUUAGCAGGUAUCUUGUUCUUAAAGGCAACCGAUUUUUAUUUUUGAUGUAGACUUAUACUUUUAUCAGCCCCUCUAGAGAAAAGGAAUUUUUGUCCAUUGCUAUUCAUAAGUUGUAAUGUCAUUUCAUGCUAACCAAAACAAUGCAUUUAGUAUGCUUUUGUUAAUACUUGGAAUAGAGAGACAAAAUAGUGUAUAUACAUAUAUAUAUUUUUAUUUUGCCAAGGAGAAUUUAUACAUUUAAUAAGAAAACUGAGGGAUUAAGAUGGAGGUUGUACUCAUUUCUUUGGUAUUUUUAACUGUGUGCCUAGAGUGAUUACUUGUAAAUUGACCAACUGAAUGUAAAAAUAAUAAAAAAAAAUAUAUCUUA